UAUGAAAAAUAUGAAUAUGUAGCCUUUUUUUCUGUGCAGAACUAUGUAGAUUAUAUAUCCAGAUUAUAUGAAAGAGAAAUUAAGGAAUUCUUUGAGGUUGCAAAGAUCAAAAUGACUGGCACAUCAAAAGAAGGAAAAAAGUUUGCUACACUUCCUCGAAAAGAGAGUGCUGUCAAACAAGAUCUGGAGAGUCUCCAUGGAAGUUCUGGAAAACUUACUGGUUCUACAUCCAGCCUAAACAAACUGACUGUUCAAGGAUCAGGGAAUCGUCGCUCUCAGUCAUCUUCCCUGCUGGACAUGGGAAACAUGUCUGCAUCAGACCUUGAUGUGGCUGAUCGAACAAAGUUUGAUAAGAUUUUUGAGCAGGUCCUGAGUGAGCUUGAGCCCCUGUGUUUAGCUGAACAAGACUUCAUUAGCAAAUUCUUCAAGCUACAACAGAGCCCAGCAUUACCAGGAUCUAUAGUGGGAGACUCCACUGAUGUAGAUGGGGCACUUCUGUCUCGACCACAUAAUAUUUCGGGAGACAGACAUUCGUUACCAUCUGAAAAAGAGGAGGCAGGCAUCAUUCGAUCAAUGAUGAUAAAAGUUUUCCGCUGUAUUGAGCCAGAGCUAAACAACCUCAUUUCACUUGGGGACAAGAUUGAUAGCUUUAACUCAUUGUAUAUGUUGGUGAAGAUGAGUCAUCACGUUUGGACAGCAGAGAAUGUAGAUCCUGCCUCCUUUCUCAGUACCACAUUAGGAAAUGUUCUUGUAACAGUCAAGAGGAAUUUUGACAAAUGCAUUUUGAAUCAAAUUAAACAGAUGGAAGAAGUGAAGAUAUCAAAGAAGAGUAAAGUUGGAAUUCUACCAUUUGUUAGUGGGUUUGAAGAGUUUGCAGAGCUAGCAGAGACCAUCUUCAAAAGUGCUGAGCGCAGAGGGGACCUGGACAAAGCUUACACCAAACUAAUACGGGCUGUUUACAACAAUGUGGAAAAAGUCGCGAAUGAAAGUCAGAAGACACCAAGGGACGUUGUGAUGAUGGAAAAUUUUCACCACAUUUUUUCAACACUGUCUCGUCUUAAAAUUGCAUGCCUUGAAACGGAAAGGAGAGAAGCUAAACACAAAUAUACAGAGCAUUUGCAAUUUUACGUGAUAUACUCUCUGGGACAACCUCUUGAGAAACUUAAUCAUUUCUUUGAGGGAAUUGAAGCUCGUGUGGCACAGGGAAUCAGGGAAGAGGAAGUGAGCUACCAGCUAGCAUUCAAUAAGCAAGAGCUGCGAAAAGUCAUUAAAGAAUAUCCUGGAAAGGAAGUGAAAAAAGGACUGGAUAACCUAUAUAAGAAAGUGGACAAGCAUUUGUGUGAGGAAGAAAAUUUGUUGCAGGUUAUGUGGCAUUCCAUGCAGGAUGAAUUCAUUCGUCAGUACAAGCAUUUUGAGGGUCUGAUAGCUCGCUGUUAUCCUGGUUCUGGAAUUACUAUGGAAUUCACCAUCCAGGACAUCCUCGAGUAUUUCUCGAGUAUUGCACAAUCUCAUUAAUAACUAAUAUAUUAUCUGAAUAGUAACAAGGAGUCAAGCAUCAUUUUCACUUUCUUUGCUAAAGCUGUAAUGGCUCUUUAUGGAAAUAAUUGACACCUAAUGCUGGUAUAAUAUUAUUUGUAUCUAGAAAUAUAGAUACCCAAGCAGGCCAAAGCUGAAAACCAGUUUGUUUUACUGACACUGUCUGUUAACUAACUUACAUGCACAUCCAACAAUAUGUUCAAUUAGGGAUACAAAUGCAUGAUUGUGAUAUAUUACUUCAUCUGAUGAAAUGUUGCAGUUUAGGAAAAUCUUGAUGUGUUACGCCUGGAAUUUUGUACUUGUAGCUAUAUGGAUUGAUACUAUUAUUUUUAAAAAUACAACCCUUGACUCUAUCUUAACACAAGAUGAUCAUAUGUUAGAAAUCACAAUUUCUGAGUAAUAGGAAAUGUAAGACUGUUAAUUGUUUCCUAGCAGAGCUUUGUGGAAAACUUCAAAUUUUGAAAAAUUACUGAGCUUUACUUGAGGUAUUGCCAAAGGAAGCUGUAUUUUAAGAAAGCCAGUUCUUCUAUUAAUGCAUCUCAUAACAGUCUGUUCUACUGGAAUAUGGUCUAUUUUCAUAAUAAUACAAAAAUCUCUGCUGAUCUAUUUAACAUUAAGAAUAUAUGCUUAAUUUUGCUGAAAAUUGCUUAAUUCACAUUAUCACAAUUUCACUUGUAUUAUUUGCACUGAAUUUUCACUUGUGAAAUUUCCACAAAAUAAUUACAAUUAUUGGAUACUUUGUGUUUUUAUUGUGGUAAAACUAUUUUGAAAUAUCAACAAUUUUCAUCAAAACUAAGAUUGUUAAAGUUACUCUUUCAUACAUCUUAGUUGUUGAAUCAGUAAAGAAGUUCAAC